AUGGCAUUUAAGGCCUCGUACGAGUACUUGCGAAAUUCAUACUUCUGGGUUUACACACUUGCAAAAUUCAUCUUGAUCCUGGUGCAGCAAAUGGGAUGGCCAAUCGACCCCAACGUGGAGGCCAAAGUCAAGCAGUAUGUUGAGGUGCUCGGGAAUUAUAUGGAAAUGUAUAAUCAACUGAGGGGAGCAUUUCACAUUCCGCAGAAUCAUCCAUAUCUGCAGCUUCAAAGUGUUGCAGAUAUCAUCCUAGCAACCAACCUGCUCAGGCAUCAACACCCUAUCAAUGGUGAGUUAUUUUUAACCCCAGGAUGGCACAUCUUGCCACUGAGCCGCCGUCUCAUCAAUGAAUCCCUUUACGCACAUGCAUUCAUAGAUGGGAUGCCUAAUCUUCAGAGGGAACGGUUUAAUCCUCGUUACCCUUUUUUUUGGAUACCGUCAUAUUAA